UCAACCACACUAGUAUUAAUUAUUGUCCAAUAGCUGCACACGUCAUUUCUUUCUGUACGUAUUGUGGCAGGGUAAGUGAUUUGGCUGUCCUAUUGGUUCUGCUUGGGAUAUGGCUUCGGCAGACCAAUAGGUUGAGAGCUACCCGAUUAUUUACGGACCCUUAUUUUGGUAAGCAGAUAGGUGUCUUGGUGAUUCCGAGUCCCUCGCUCCCCUGGCAUUCCCGGUUCCCCCUUCCAUUCAGUCUUAGAGCGGCGCUGGUGUCGCGUGUGUGUCGAGCCGCGGUACCUGUGAGUAAUCAUACAACUUCGCUUCUGGUGUUUGUUCAAUCUAAUGGAGCCAGUGAGUCUUGGUGGGACAGGGGAGGCUAUGUCCAAUGGCUAAUGUCAUUGAGAAUUUGUUCACAGCAGAUGUCAUUUGUUUUAUGAACAUCUGCGAGGCAGACGGAUGCAAAUGCAGGCAGCGGUGAGUUCUGGGAAGUGGCGUUUCUGGUGGAUUCUUGCACUGGUGUGACAACUUCACAGUAUAAUCAAGGGGAAGAAGGAAAAUCAGUCUAUUUGGUCACUAUAAUCCUGCAAUACAGACUCUCAUUUUCCAUUUCUAUUAAUUUUGGUUAACUUUCAGCAAAUAACAAUUUGCAACUUUUGUUACAGACUACCUGUGGAUAUUGCAUGUCUUCUUUCCCUGUGAUGCCUCUACUCCUUCAGUCUCUUCCUCAACAACUUCCUGUCCACGCCAUAUUUUCUUCACAUUUUCUUGCAAGACACGUUUUUUAUUAUGCAUUAUGUGGUAAAGAUAGCAUGCUUCUAUCAUUUUUGGACAGCUACUAUAAAUUCUCUGUUUCAAUGUCAUCCCUUUCACUGUAAGUACAAAAAUUAAGCACAUUAGGUGAUAUCAUGCAGGCUUUUCGGUCAUCUUAUAUACAACAUCAUCAUCUGAUGGCAGAAACAUUGUGAGAGCUGUGAAGAAAAACCCAAAAACAACAGUCAGUGUCAUCACCAACAACCUCCAAGGGCAGGGGUCAAGGUAUCACAAUCCACCGUUUGAAGAAGGCUUAGAGAGCAGAAAUAUUGUAUAGAAGCUUGGGCUUGCACAGCUGCUUCUGGAACAGGCUCACUAAUGUUUAUUGAUGAAGUAACUCAUGAUCGUAACAGCAGAAUGUAUUCAGAAGUUUUCAGGAAAAUUUUAUCUGCCAGUUUACAAAGAAAUGCAUUCAAAUUAAUCAGGAGGAACUUUAUCAUGCAGCAAGACAGUGAGCCAAAACACACUGCCUACACAACAAAGGAGACUGGCCAAGUCUAUCACCAGACCUUGACCCAAUUGAGCAACAUUUCACCUCCUGAAGAGGAGAUUGGAGGGAGAAGCCCCCAAAACAAACAGUUGAAAGAGGCUGUGGUAAAAAAGCCUGGAAAAGAAUCACAAAAUAAACCAUCAAUUUGAUGAUGUCAGUGAGUUGCAGGCUUGAUGCAGUUAUUGCAAGCAAGGGAUAUGCGACCAAAUAUUUAGUGUUAUUUACUUUAAUUUUACUUUUUCCUACACGUUUGCUCACCUAAACAUUGGGUGGUCUGAUACAAAAUGUUCUAUGUUUUAUGUUGUUUAACAUGUCUAGAUGUAAACACCAGGAAAUAGAAGCAGAAAUCCUAAACUCUCGUCUCAUAUCCAUCUGUUGAUCUCAAACCCAAAUGUCUUUGGUGUAUAGCACAAACAAAUGAAUAAGUUCCAAUACUUUUGGAGACCACUGUAUUACAUUCUUUAAUCAACUGAUACCUUUGGUGGAAAAAUCGAUGUGGUUAAGGACAACAAGCCAUGGUCAAUCUAUCUAUGCAGUAAACAGUGCCUUGAACAUUGUGUGGAGUCCACAUUAUCAUACCAUACCAUUUUAUUUGUAGAAGAACUAUGCAGUCCCUUGUCACUGCAGAUGGUCUUAGAGCAGGUGUGUCCAAUCUUAUUCAGUAAGGACUGGUGAGGGUGCAGGUUUUAAAAAGCUCUUUUAAUGUCACUGGUAUUUUACCUGCUGGCCCCUUUUAGAUAUAGAUUUCAGAAGCAUUAAUUGGACCUUUUUGUCCAACUCCAACCACUUUCACAUCACAUUCCAAAAAAAUACUUCUUUUUUUGUUUGUUUUUUUCUCUGCCAUUUUCAACACCACCUCACUCAACAACGAAUGGGACAACAAUGAAAUAAAAUAUGCAUGACGUAAUUUGCAUUGAUCAUUUAAGGAUAUUUGUAAGCGAUAACGUGGGAGAAGAGGCUGAUUUACCUGCGUACAUUUUCAAGAAAAUUGUGGUUUCUUGUGAUUUCUAUGAAACUUAAACAACUUAAACAACAUAAACAUGUGAGGGUAAGGUUCCCUGUCAAAGGGAACAUCAACGUUGCAUUUAGCAUAACACUAUGGGAGUGCCCUUGCGCGCAUGACCGGUAUCUGAAGCUUGUGUAAAAUCAUGCCUCUACUUAUAGGCCUGCCAUGAUCAGGUGACGUGGCAAUUAAGCGCGUCGCACGAUAUAUAUAUGGCACUUGUGAACCACGCCGCCAGCCUUAUUAUCUUCAGCGAGACUGCAUGUCUGUUGUUUGUGUGACAAAUAACGCUUCAUUCCUACUCUAUAUUUUCUCAAAAUCUCUAAACUUUUCUAUCCCUUUUUUAGAAAAAAAGAAAAGAAAAGACAGGGAAGUAAUGAGCGAGAAAGAUUUCAGAAAGUGUGCUCCCGUUUCAUCACGGGAGGAGACGGACAGGCUUUGUGUGUGAAGUGUUUGGGCGUAGAGCAUGCUACAGCAGCCCUCGAGGGGUCUGACUGUCAGCAUUGUGAACAUUUCACGAUUAGGCAACUACGCUCUCGACUCGCUCUCCUCUUGUCCGAAGGGAGUUGGGUUUGAGAGCCUCGUGGAUCUGGGCCGGCCACUGCCGAGGCAGCCAGCCGGCUAAAGUCAUGGGGUUCUCGUAUGUAUUUGGAAGAGGAGUCGGAGACGAGCGCUGCUCUAUCUCUUGCUCUGUCUUCCGGGUCCGGCUCUCCGCCUGACUUUAGAGCUCGCAUCAUGACUCCUCCUUCCCCUAUGGAAAGCCAAAACACCCUCGCUGACUCCGAGGAGUCGGUAGAGGGUGCCAUUGCACCAAAAACCAACAACAGCUCUCAAGCAUAUAAAGAGCUGCUUGAGGUGAUCGCUAGGGCGGUUGAAAAGUUGAAUAUAGACUGGCCAGGGGAAGAGGAAGUGGCUCGUAGCAGGCUGGAUGAGCGUUUCCUCUCCAGUGAAAAUAAAUAUAAAGCUCCCUCACACUGCAGAAAACUCCCCUUUUUUCCAGAAGUACAUGAUGAGACAGCACGCUUCUGGAAAAAACCAUACACUGGCCGUGUUUAUAACCCUGCGACGUCUGAUUACUCAGCCUUGGCGUUACCUUGGCAUUGGUGGGCAAAACCUAUGCGGCAGCGGGUCUUGCUUGUGGGUCCCUGCAUACAGUGGCAGUGUUGCAGGCCUACCAAGCAGACCUGCUGAGUGAGCUCGAUACUGGGGAGGGAAUUGGGCCUGAGGCAGUGGCAGAGCUGCGCCGCACCACAGAUUUAUCUCUCCAGGUGACCAAACAAACGGCCCGUCAUAUCGGCUGUUCAAUGGGUAGCCUGGUUGUGGCAGAGAGGCACCUAUGACUCAACCUAACAGGGAUGGGGGACAAAGAUAAGGUCUCCUUGCUGAACGCCCCUGUUAAACCUUCCGGCCUGUUUGGCGGCGUGGUUAAUGGCAUCACCGACAGGUUUCGUGAGGCAAAACAGCAAACGGCAGUCUUCAGCCAGUUCCUUCCCCAUCGUGUCGAGUUCGUACGGGCUUCCAUGAGUGGAGCCCGAGCCAGCGCUAGUGCGAGGGAGACACAGAAGACGAGUGUGGCAGCCCACCUCCCCCCGCAGAAAGCCAGGGGGACCGGGCGGCCACAGCCUGCUAAGAGGCCACCUGAUCUAAGAAUGAUCAUAAAAGCAAAGCAGGCAAGGAAGGAAUGGUCCUGAUUGGCCACAGAGGGACGUAUCAGGGGACAUGAGGUUACUAGGGCAGUUAGCCCCCUGUGCUACUGUAGGGCCUGCCCUUGCCAAGGCCAUUCCACGUUUUUAGUCUUCUCUGGUCAGCGAGCUGUCACAGGGCGACGGAAAUCUGAUGCUUUCCCUCCAACGAAAUGUGGAAACACUAACAUCACUAAAAGACCAUUUGGCAGCAUGGAAACUACUGCCAAAUGUGUCUCCAUGGGUUCUGUCUGCCAUAGAAAAGGGUUACCGGGUCCAGUUCAGAGCUCGACCCACCCAGUUCAGAGGUGUGCUCACCACAAUUGUCAGCACAGACCAGAGCCCAACAUUAGCGCAGGAGGAGUCCAAUGUUAGCACAGGAAGUAAGUUCCCUUUUGGACAAAGGGGCCAUAGAACAUGUACCCCAUUCCCUAAGGGAGGGAGGUUUUUACAGCCGUUAUUUCCUGGUCCACAAAAAAGAUGGGAGUAUGCGGCCAAUUUUAGAUCUGCGUCAUCUGAACCAUACUCUUCGGACAUACAGGUUCAAGAUGCUGACGCUCAAACUUAUUGUGCCACAGAUUCAGUCCGAGGACCGGUUUGUGACGAUAGAUCUGAAAGAUGCAUAUUUCCACAUAGGAAUAUCGCCCAGUCAUAGGAAGUUCCUGAGGUUUGCGUUUGGAGAAAACACAAACCAAUUUCAGGUUCUUCCCUUUGGACUAGCUUUAUCCCCUCGCACCUUCACAAAGUGCAUGGAUGCUUCUCUGGAUCCCUUGCGACUCCAGGGCACCCGUGUAGUAAACGACCUGGACGACUGGUUAAUUCUAGCAUGAUCCAGGGAACAGGCAGUUCAACAUUGAGAUGUUGUUCUCGCCCACAUGAGGAGCUUGGGGCUCAGGUUGAACCUCAAGAGAAGUAUGCUUUCUCCAGUGCAGACGACAACUUUUCUAGGGGUUAUAUGGGAUUCUACUACGAUGAGGGCGUUUCUAUCCCCAACACACGUAGGAUCGAUCCUAUCAACUUUGAGCAAGAUAAAUCUAGGUCUGGGCAUCCCCUCCAGUCUCUACGAGGGACUGUUGGGCCUUAUGGCAGCAGCAGCCAACGUCAUACCAUUGGGCCUAUUGCACAUGAGACAGUUUCAGUGGUGGCUGAAAAGUCGGGGGUUUCAUCCAAGGAUGAAACCUCCUGAGAGUAAUCAGUGUCACGCGGCGAUGCCUACAUGCCCUGAGUAUUUGGAGGUGCCCGCAGUUUCUAGUCUCGGGUCACACUCUAGGGGCGUCUCCUUACUGCAAGACGGUAAUGACGGAUGUCACGGGCUGGGGUGCAGUCUUAAAUGGCUGCCCAGCUCAUGGUCUUUGGAGCGGCCCUCAUCUGGAGUGGAAUAUAAAUCACCUAGAGAUGCGGGCCGUAUUAAUAACACUGAAAUUCUUUCUUCCUCAGUUGAGAGGUCACCAUGUGCUAGUUGUGUCAGACAACACAGCGAUGGUCUCAUAUAUCAACCACCAGGGAGAAUUACGUUCACGCCCCCUGUUCAGGCAGGCGCAACUAAUCCUUCUCUGGGCAGAGGGAAAGUUCUUGUCAGUGAGUGCAUUCUACAUUCCGGGCAGCCGGAAUGUAGGGGCAGACAUCCUGUCGAGGCAGGGGCUGAGAACCGUGGGUUGGAGGCUCCAUCAACAAGUAGUGGAGUCCAUAUAGCGGAGGUUCGGACAAGUGGAAGUGGAUGUGUUCGCCUCCGAGGAGACAACACACUGGCCGCUGUGGUUCGCCCUCACUCCUCCUGCACCAUUGGGGCUGGACGCCAUGGUGCACACAUGGCUGAGGUCACGUCUAUAUGCUUUCCCGCCGAUCGCUCUGCUCCCACAAGUUCUAGCGAGAGUUUGCCAAGACCGUCUAUGUCUGCUGCUAGUAGCACCAUAUUGGCCAGCUCGAAUAUGGUUCUCGGAGAAAAUUUCCCUGCUCGAUGGCAUUCCUUGGGAGAUUCCCAUCCGCAGGGAUCUACUGUCUCAAGCUGGAGGGCUGAUUUAUCACCCUCGGCCAGAACUAUCGAAACUGUAGGUCUGGCCCCUGAGGGGCACCAGCUCAUAGAUUCUGGCCUCCAACUGAGGUUGUAGACACCAUGUUAAACGCUAGAGCACCAUCCACAAGGAAAUUGUAUGCGCUCAAGUGGUGGCUUUUUGUCUUGUGGUGUGAGGAACGUCAGCUAGACCAAGUGAACUGCGCAAUAGCUCAAGCGAGUGGUAGAUCUACAAGCUCUCUCUGUUGCCCCUUCUUGCCUUGACUUUUCCCCUGGAUUAGCCAAGGCCUUCCUGUAUCCUAGGCCGGAUUAUAUCCCUAAAGUGCCUACAUCGGCUGCCCACCCUGUGGUGUUGCAGGCUUUCUGCCCUCCUCCGUUCCUCACACCGGAACAAGAGAGGAUGCACUUGCUGUGUCCAGUAAGGGCUCUCUGUACUUACGUCCACCACUCCGGCCAGUGGCGUAAGUCGGAGCAGCUGCUGGUCUACUUUUGCGGCACUGUAAAGGUGAUGCUAUGUCAAAGCAGCGCAUCUCUAAUUGGAUAGUGGAAGCAAUCUCUACGGCUUACGAGGCGCGCAGUCUCGCCACACCUCUGGGCAUAAGAGCUCAUUCCACUAGGGCGGUCGCCUCCUCGAAGGCUUUGUCCAACGGGGUAUCCUUGCAGGAUGUGUGUGCUGUUGCGGGAUGGUCUACACCACACACAUUCAUUUGCUAUUACAGCCUGGAUAUUCAUUCCACCCCGGGCUCGAGUGUCUUCAGUGACCCUCGGGCUUGGGUCUUUUUGAACAGGCCAUACCCUCUUUAUGACGGAGUGGGUAUUCCCGUUCCCAUACUGUUAUACUAAAUGGAACGUCGAAGUUCCCUUUGAAAGGAACGUCGGUACAGGUAACCCACCUGUAACCCUGUUCCCUGAGACGGGAACGGGACGUUGCAUAGCUUUGUCAUACCAGGGCAGGCCUGUGAAUUGCAUCUUCGCUUCAGAUAAGAGAGGCUGGCGGCAUGGUUCACAGGUGCCAUAUAUAUAUAUAUAUAU